AUGGCUCAGUUGGUUCUUUUAACUCCAUCUACGUGUGAUAGACUAUUGGACAUACCAUGUAAAGUUUGCGGUGAUAGGAGCUCUGGAAAGCAUUAUGGCAUAUAUAGUUGCGAUGGAUGUUCUGGGUUUUUCAAGAGGAGCAUCCACCGAAACAGAGUAUACACGUGUAAGGCGGCGGGCGAAUUGAAAGGGCGAUGUCCGGUUGACAAAACUCACCGGAAUCAGUGCCGGGCUUGUCGCCUGGCCAAGUGUUUCCAUUCUAGCAUGAAUAAAGAUGCUGUACAACAUGAACGUGGACCACGUAAACCAAAGCUUCAUUUACAGCUGAAUCAUAAUUCGUCCGGGCAUCAUCAUCAACAAGCACAACACCAUCACCAACAAACUCAAUCACAACAUCCGCCUGGUUCCAAUGCCCAUUCUGGUCAUAAUCAGAUUGCUCAUGGUGCUCUUCCACCAUUACCACCUCUGCACCCCCAUGCCAUUAUGACAGGUCAUCAUAAAAUAGAGCACCACCAGUUUGGCAAGCUUCACCUACAAGGUUUCAACUCAGUUGCGCCAGUGGCUGGACAUCCGUUGCAUUCUUUCCAGUUUCCACCUGCCUUCUUUGGACACCAUGCAUCGCCUAUGAUGAAACCGGUACCUGCACCAGGAUCGUCCAGUGCGUCAUCUUCUGGAAGUUUACCAGGACCCCCAGCUGGAGUAUCUGGGGGUACAGCUUCUGUGAGCCCGCCUGGUGAUUCAGAUAUCAUGCAAUCUUCGGUUUCCCCCAGUUUUAAUCAGCCGCAAAAUUCGACGCAUCCAGGAAUGUUACACAUACUGAUGUCAGCUGAGAGAUGUCAGGAAUUAGUUUGGAGCGCAAAGCAAUUACAAAUGCAAGGCGAUGUAAUGAUGUCUCCACCAAUUCCAAGUCCAUUAGCAUUACCUUUGACACCUACUUGGGAAGUUCUGCAGGAAACAACAGCCCGUCUUCUCUUCAUGGCAGUUCGUUGGGUACGAUGUCUCGCACCAUUCCAAACCUUAUCAAAGCGCGAUCAAUUAUUGCUUUUACAAGAGUCAUGGAAAGAACUAUUCUUGCUUCAUUUGGCUCAAUGGUCAGCUCCUUGGGAUCUAGGAGCUUUAUUAGAACGGCAAAGAACAAAUGUAGGCCUGGACGCCGAAGAAGCAAAUGCUGUACAGGAAAUAUUGUGCAGGUUUCGUCAGAUCGCACCAGAUGGAAGCGAAUGCGGCUGCAUGAAAGCUGUAGUUCUUUUUGCUCCAGAAACCGUUGGUUUAUGUGACGUUCAGCCUGUUGAAAUGCUUCAAGAUCAGGCGCAGUGCAUUCUGGGCGAUUAUGUUCGUUCGAGGUAUCCUCGGCAGCCCACCAGAUUUGGACGUCUUUUGUUACUGCUGCCCUGCCUGCGUGCUGUUAGACCAGUUACGGUAGAAUUACUAUUCUUUAAAGAGACGAUAGGAGAAAUUCCUAUUAGUAGACUUUUAGGUGAUAUGUAUCACAUGGAAAAACCGUCUACUUAA